UUAUUGAAGCCCAAAACUCUCUCUCAACUCUCAACACUCAACACUCGACACACUCUAUUUUCGUCUUCACUCUCCGCCACCGAUUCAUCGCAAACCCUAAUGGCUGUUACCUUCUCAGAUCUUCACACAGAAGAGGGUCUCAAAUCCCUCAAUGAAUUCCUCUCUGGAAAAAAAUAUAUUUCUGGGGAUCAAUUGACAAAGGAUGAUAUCAAAGUGUACGGAUAUGUUUCUGAGAAACCAAGUGAUGCUUUUGCCAAUGUUGCUGGUUGGUACGAUGUGGUCUCUUCACAUCUUGCUGCAAGUUUCCCUGGAAAAGCUCAAGGUGUGAAAUUCAGUGGAAAAGUUGCUCCAGCUGCAGAAGCACCUGCUAAAGCUGCUGCACCUGCUGCUGAAGAUGAUGAUGAUCUUGACCUCUUUGGUGAUGAAACAGAGGAGGAUAAGAAGGCAGCAGAGGAAAGGGAGGCAUCUAAAAAGCCCGCAAAGAAGAAAGAGAGUGGCAAGUCUUCCAUUCUGCUUGAUGUUAAGCCAUGGGAUGAUGAGACAGACAUGAAGAAGCUGGAAGAGGCUGUUCGCACCGUUGAAAUUCCCGGUUUAACCUGGGGAGCAUCCAAGCUGGUUGCUGUUGGAUACGGAAUCAAGAAGCUGCAGAUCAUGUUGACCAUUAUUGAUGAUCUUGUAUCUGUGGACGACCUCAUUGAAGAAAGACUCACAGUUGAGCCAAUUAACGAGUAUGUCCAGAGCUGUGACAUUGUCGCAUUCAACAAAAUUUAAGUUUGAGUUUUUGGCCAUUUUCAAGCGGCUGAUUAGACUGUUAUUUGCGGAUAGUUUCCUCCCUUCUCCUCCACUCUGUCGUUUCUUCUUUCAUGUUUGGUGUGUUUCAGUGGUGGUUUUGUUACAAGAAUUGUAUGCAGUGAGUGAGAGAGAUGGAAAAUAUUUUAUGGUCUAACUUUUAAUGUUAUUCAUGUCAAACACCAUGCACAUUUGUGGGAUUAGCAUCACUGAACCAUAUGCUUCUAUUUAAUUUUUGAUAAGUUUCACUAGAACCGUUUAUUGAAUCGAUACACAA